GAACCGCUGUCGCGUCAGUCUGCGCUGAGUCUUCGUCGAGGGAGUUGCGCUCUCUUGGUGCGUCACCAGGGCAGCUGUUAGAGCCCCGUUGUUACACACAGAAGAGCAGCGAAAACUGGCCAAGAUAUCAGAGACUCAGUGUGUUAGAUUAGUGUGUGCGAAAAGUUUUACGAAUCUUUCGGCAUCCAACAAUCUGACAUAGACUGAGGAAAUUAGUUCAGAUGAAGCAGAAAAAUGCGAACUUUGGAUCAGCCAGGCUGAAGGAAUUAUGCAAAUAGAGGCACAAGGCGCAAUAGUAAAUAAAGUCGUUCUUGCGAGUAUUUUUCAUCUGUUCUUCGCACGACAGCUCCGUAUGCGUAAAGUCGACCAUUUACUUAUUCACUGCUACCGUGUGCGAGGUGCGAAACCGGGUUAAGGUUAAGCCAUGUAAGCGACGGAUAACCAUGUAACUAUCACAUCGUCGUCGGACCGUCGUGCAAGCCAUUGACGUAAGAACCGCGACCGUUUUCUGGUCGUUUCACGGGGGUCCGACACGAAUGUGACGCCCCGACGCACGCACGUGUAAAUAUAGAAGAGAUCCGUCACGCACGCUACGGUCUGGGGAAACCGUUCGAUAAAAUGCAAAAUGCACGAAAGCAUAGACGGAUCGAUUCACCAACGGUCGGGAAAUACGUACGACCGUAUGCUCAGUUGACUUCUUGGGCACGGCAAAAAGUGGGAAGUGUAUCAACAAAUAUUUUUUUAAAUGGUCAUCGAUGCACUCGUUUUAAAUAAAAUAGCUCGCAUUGACACACAACAGUUAUCGCUACCAUACUACUUAUAUUAGACAACAUUAACGACGCUUACAUUAUGAAUUUUUAAUAAAUUACUAACAAUUCAAUAAUGUAAAAUUUCUCAUUAUAUAUUAACAUUUCUUAGCUCUUGCUCGUUUUAUUAUAAUUGUUUUAAAUUUAUUUUUAUUAUUAGAUCUAAUCAAAACUUUAUAUUAGUCUCUGUUUCUAUUAAAUUUACUAUUUUUCUUCUUGCGCCGCUUUUUCAUUAUUUUAUAUUUGAAUAGCUACACUUAGCGUGGAAUGCUUGAAUAAAUAAUAUGAAGAGCUUGAAUGUAAAUUAUUAUUAUUAUUAUUAUUAUAAGAUGUAAAAAAAUUGAUUUUAUUAUCACAAAAAUAUAUUCAUGCGAUGUGAUUGCACGUUAUAAAUAAUUAGAUAUGCAUAUGCUGUUAUGCAUCAUUGAUUUAUCACACAUAUUUACGUUGCUCUAAACACAACUUGCUGAUACGAGCAGACAUGUGAGUUGUCAUUUUAGUAAAAAAUAAAUAUGUCUUAUUCCUUCUAUAUGAUGAAUUUAAGAAUAUUCAAACAUAUGAUAACAAAAACGCAAAGAAACACAGAGUAAUUUAUAAGCUACAAGAUAAAUACAUAGACUUUAUGUUCUAGUCUUAAAAUACAAUGAAAAAAAAUAAAAUGAAAAGGACCCGUUUUCUGCUUUUUCAUUUUGGGUGAAUACAAUGAAUGAAAAAAAAUGAGAAAGAUUUUUUCUAUAGGCCUGUGUAAAUCUACACCAUCCUGUCGCGUGUAUGCAGGCGUUGUUUAGCGAGCUCAAACUUAUUAAAUUAUGGUUGAAUUUGAAGAAGUAUAUAAAAUCACACAAAUAAACAUAGGCAUUAAGAUCCAGCUACAACCGAAGAAGGCUUUCUUAUUAUCAUUGUGUUGUUACUAAAUUAUAGUUCCGUGUUAGUCUCUGCACAAAAUAAAAGAAUAUUUGCUAUUAGGAAUAGAAAUUAGAAUUUUAGAAUAAAUGUUCUUAAUUUAACGUAAAUAUAAUGAAUAUAAAAAGCAAAAAAUUGUAAAACAUAAAUGCAUGCUACAAAAACCAAACUUCUUAUUUAUCUAUAGUGUUUAUUAAGAAAACUAAUUCCAAAAUUUGUAAUAUGUAAUAUUCCUCCAUUGCGCACAAGGCUUAACUCUCUCUUCUAUUUUUCGCUAGAUUGAUUUAUAAUUCUACAAAAGCAUUCUUAAGACAUAAUUUAAACAUAUUUUUUUAAAGAUUGAUUUUUAAACUUUUUUAAGUAUAUAUGCCUUUUUUAAAUAUUAUUACCGUAUUUCAUUUUCAAUGUUGCAUGGAAAAUGUUGGUUGAAUAUUUAUUUUUUUAUGUAAUUAUUAAUCAAUAUUUCUCUAAUAAAUUUUAUUAAUAUAAAAUCUAUUUAAUUAAUGGACUACAUUGUACGGAUACAUGAAAAAUUAUGCAUAAUUGAUUAAAAUUAAAAAUUGCAAACAUUUUGUGGAAAUAAUAUUUUUUUUUAUUUGCAUUAAAUUAUCGUGUAAUUUUCCAUAUAUGUAUUAUAGUUUUAUUUGUUUGAUUUGAUGCAUUAUAAUAUUUUUUAGGUUCAAACAUUUGAUUAUCUAGACGAUAAUUUUAUGCAAAGUAUGUCAACAUAAAAUUACGAACGUUUAUCAGAAAAAACUAUAAUAAUGUUGCUUGAUAUUCUCUUUUAUCAUCUUUAUCAACGAUCGUUACUUUUAUAAUCGGUGGGUAAAGAAAAGAACUAUAAAAAAAUAAAAUAUUCAGCAAACUUUUGUCGCAUCAAUUUUAAAUUCUCCGAUUGAGUAAAUAAUCUUUUACAAAAUCAAUGAUAAGAUUUAUCUUAAUUUAUAUCAGUAUAAAAAAGGUAUUAUCGUUUUGCUAGCUACUUUUAUGAAUUGUUUUAUGGAAAUUAUGCGGAUGAUUGAUUUGAUAUUUUAUAAAUAUAAUAAUACCAUUUUUUUAAUAAUCAAUCAUUUUUACAAGUUAAAAUAAUGAAAAUUAUGGUAAUUAUAACAAUGUUCGCACGAUAUGUUCAAGCACCCGCCUCAUGAUUCCUAUAAAAUCUCGACUUUUAAUCAUCUAAAAAAAGUAACAGAUGAUGUUUUUAAUCUGAAGAUGUUUGAUUAUCGUUGGUAUCAAAAUUAUAGAAAACAAUUUUUUAAUAAUUUUGAGGCAUGUAAAAAUUGUAUUUUAAAAAUCACUACAAAUUUGACAGUUUUACGUGAAAAAUAAAAUAAAAAGUUAAUACAGUUUAAUCUUGGUACCAACAAGACAAGUGUAUCAAAUAUGUAUCUAUAGAGUAAAGUCUAUCGGUUUAUUAAUUUAUCUAAAAUCGUGGUAACUGACUUAAAAAAUAUAGUUUCAAGAAAAACGCGUUUAAAAUUACAAUUUAAUCGUUACAAUUUAAUCAAUUUACGUAAAUUUCAGCAAUGUUUCAAAAAUAUGAGCUAUUUCUUUUAUGACAUCAUGAACACACACACACACACACAAAUGUACAUUCGAUUUUGACCUGCACGCCACAUCAAAUAACUAUAGGCUAUAAAUGACUUUUAAAACUUUUCAACAAUAACUUUUGUAAUUUUCCGAUAAAAUUUCAAAGAUAGAUUCUUAAAAGUAUGUACUUUCAUAAAAUACAAAAAAAUACAAAAAAAGAAAAUCGAUCUUUUUACUCUCAAAAUAAUAAUAUUCUCUUAGGCGUAAUGUUUUUGCGACUAUUUUGUUACGUAAAUAAAUUUAAAUAUCGUAUAAUGUUAAUGGAGAGUAAUUGAUUGAAAAACAGUAUUAUAAUUAAAUUCCAUAUCGUGUGAAAUUUUUUCUUUGAUACACAAUAUAACGUACAUUUAUACAAAUGUUACAUAAUUUAUUGUUCGAUUAUAUUUUCCUGUUUUGAAAGGAAAAGUUUCAUCAACUGGUUUACGAUCAAAAUAGCAGUAUGUGAGUAAGACGAAUAUGACGUUUAUGACGUAUGUAUAUGACGUAAAUGACGUAUGACAAUAGAUCUACCUAAUCGUUACGUGUCGAUUUAAUACUAAAAAAAUAUUUUUAUGCUUAUAAAUUAAGAAAAAAAUACAAGUUUUUAAAAAUUAUAAUUAACUUUUAAACGUCCUAAGAUAACAUUAAAAAAUUGAUGUAAAUUACUCAAAUUUGAUAUUAAUGAAAUAUUUAUAUGCUCUUUUUGAAUUCAAUUAAUACCAAGAAUACUACAAUAGAUACAUGAACCACGUAACAUUUCGUUCUUAGAAAUACUUAAUUUCUACAGUUUACAAUGAAUUGAAUGACGAUGAGUAUGUCAUGUCGGUAUAGCAAUUGCGAGUUAUUAUUAAACCGCAUAGUCAACCUACAAUUAUACUUAUUUUAAUAAUAAACUUCCAAACAAUUUUUAACUUAUUAUUUCUAAACUAUAAAUUUUUAAUAUUGAGUAUUACAUGUAAUUAAACUUUAAAAAAUUUGAGAUAUAUUUUAUUAUCUGUUCACACAAGUUUGUAAUUUCUACAGUUCCUUAAUAUUCAUCAACAGUCUUUUAUUUUUAAUUUCUUAAAUUCGAAAAUUUUUAGCACUUUAAUAUUCUUCAUUACUUGUGUACAUUAUUAAAUACUUCUCUAUGGCUUUGAAAUAUUUGUCUUUCCUAACUAUAUGAUAUAUUAUACAUUAAAAUAUUAAUUGAUAUAUUUGGAAGGGAUAAAAAUUACAAAUAAGAUGCAUAAUGUACACGCAACAAUUUUAUCACUUUUGUAACAAAACAAAAAGGCAAUGAUCAAACUUGCCCAAUUGUAAACACCUACUUUCUGCGACGCAACCUUUGACACAUGGUCUCUAUCUGUGAUAGCUUAAAUAAAAUAUAGGCACAUCUACAUCAGAACAGCUUGUGUUUAACUAAUAUCCUGCACUUCAUUGAACGUAGUCUAGCCUCUUGAAGAGGUUCGUAGUACAAGUUACGUCCUUGGAUGUCGCUUCUCGAGUAUGUAUGUAAAUUGGAAUUAAUUUCGCGGCCGCGUCGUUGCGUUAGUUUGUGCACGCAUACGGAGUCUGCUUGACGCGUGUGUAUAUCUUGAUAUAACAUAUAAAUGCAUGCGAAAAAGUCGCGUAUCAUCGCGGUGAGAUUUAUUUACGGCGUUCUCUCACGUGUUUAGGUGAGCUUGGAUGCUGAUCGCACGGUGAUAACGUUUCGAAAAUAACACUUUAUCUUUACGAUUUCGGUGUCGCACUCGGAAACGGAUCGUAUAAUCGUGCGCCGCUCGGAAUUGAACGAUCUCUCGCUCUCUAUUAUAUUCGUGUCGCCUUAUAUACAGCGGCCCGCGACACGAUAUGUUAGUCGCCAAGAAAAUUUGCUAGUCGAAAGACAACGUCUAUAUUAUUCGCAACACUAUUCCCGAUACCCAGCACCAUGGACGAGUCCAGCGCUAUGUCUCUGGAGGAAUCACGGAGAUCGCAACGUCCGUACCGGUACGGAAUGGUCCUGCUAUGCGUCGGAGCUCUCAUCAACUGGUUGGGUUUAGCGGAGAACUACGUUGAACCGGUUCGUUAUGUCGGUGUCGCCUGCAUAGUCGCCGGAGCUCUCCUCAUUUGCGCCGCGAUGUGCUGCUGGUUGCACGCACCUCCAACUAGGGCGAGCACGCACACGCAACACACGAACCAUCCGAUCACGGCACAGAUCGAUGACCCGAUCCACGUGAUUUCCAUCGAGGAACCGCCCGGCGUGUCGAGACAGAAGCCGCCGGAUUACGAGGCGGUGACGGAUGCGCCGCCGAGCUACGACGAUGCUAUCAAGCUAAAUCCUAGUCAGUUAAUCAGGUUGAGCAACGGCAGCACGCCGCCGUUAUCCUCAGGACAAGUUAUCCCGACGACCAUAAGUAUCGUCUCUCCAACGCUAACACCGCCUCCGCCAUACGCAAGGUAA